GAUACGGUAAACGUGAAUUCUCCGGGUGGCUCUUAUGGCAAUGCACUACAAGCCGCUGCACAUAUGGGAAACGAAUCGGUUGUACGGCUUCUCCUCGUGCAUAGGGCAGAGGUGAAUUCUCCGGGUGGCCAUCAGGCAACGCACUACAAGCGGCUGCAAGCGACGGGAAUGAAUCGGUUGCGCGGAUUCUCCUCCAGCAUGGGGCACAGGUGAAUUCUCAGGGUGGCAGGAAUGGCAAUGCACUACGAGUAGCUAAAGAAUUUC